CCGACACAAGCGGUUGUGUGAAUAUCUAAAAACGCUCGGGAGCAGCGGUGAGAACUCACUUAGAAACACCUCGAAGGUGCCGUACAUCGAUUAUGCUUGCAGUGGGGCGUCAACACGAACAAAUUAUCACCAAGCGCGAAUCCAGCAAUAGUGGCGAUGGGGGCGACGAAGUGAUUUCGGCACACAGCGACCACAGACUUCGCGACGACGAUCACAGCGACGUCGAAUGCAAAGGCUGCCGCUCGCUGUUGACCGAAAAUCAGUUGCUUCGGGAACUGCUCCUUCGUACGUCCCCCGACGCCCAGCAAAUUAUCCACGCGUUCGACAAGCGGCUAGACAACCAGCGCCAACGCCUUGAGGUGGUGGGGGGACUGAAGAUCAAAAGCCCAGUCAAUUCGAGCCAUACGAUCAAAGUGAAACCCACGGGGGCGCUGUCACAGCCCAUCACGCCCGACGUGUUCCGCAAACUAUCACAUUCAGCCGCGCUGGAGCUGGCCAAGGUCCACCCGUCGUACAAAGAGCUGUAUGACCUCGCGGCCAACCCGAACGGGAGUUUGUUCGAGCGCGUAUUGAGCUCCGAUGCGUUCACGGAAGAGCAAAAGCGGAAGCAAGUGCAGUUGGCCCUCCUUCGCCAAAAGGAGCUCAAUGACUUGGACACGCAGCCGCGGAUCGCUGUCAAGUCUCCCAAAGCUAGAGAGGGGUCGCAUAUUUCCACGUCCCCUCGACAUGGCGCGUCAUCCCCUCAACACGCCACGUCACCGCGCAACUCGCUCGACUCGCCUGGCGACAAUUACUUCAAAUUGCACAACAAUGUUGCCCUUCAUAAGAAUUGACACGAAUACAAACGAUAAUUGAAAAUCCCACAAUAAGUUGAAAUCAGC